UCUGACCUCUACCGAGACGACUCCGCCGCGCUUGUCCUCAAAUUCGUCGCCUUCGCCUCCAUCCUCCUCCCCGGCAUGGCCGGAAUCUCCAUCCUUCUCGUCGGACGCCACCGCCGCUUCCUCCGCAUCGACGGCAACCUCUUCGUCGCCGCCAAAUCCUCAAUAUAAAGAACUCCAUUAAGCCCUUCGAUGCCUGCUGCCUCUGCCUCAAAUCCUUAAUCGACCCUAUGAGCUGUCACAAGGGCCAUCUCUUUUGCAAAGAGUGCAUUCUCCAGUGCCUCUUGUCUUAGAAGAAAGACAUUCAAAGAUUAUUGCCAUGUUGAAGGAGAAACUUGGAGUGAAAUCAGAUAAAGAUCUGCCAAUGGUGGAUUACAGAAUACUCAAGUGGGUCACCCAAGAUGAAGAUGAGCUUAAAGAAACCACCAAGGGUCGAGUCCAAGCAGUAAUUCUUGACAUGACAAACUUGAUGAAUGUUGAUACUUCCGGAAUUCUAGCUCUUGAGGAACUGCACAAGAGGUUGCUUUCACGUGGUGUAGAAGUAAGGCUACUCUGAAUUUGAUUAUAUUCUUUGACAUUAAUAUACACAGGAUUAAAUAUGUUUUUACAUUACUAACAGCAAAUAAGUGAAUGGUCCAAAUUUCUAUAAAUAAAAGAAGAUAAUUUUUUUUUAACAUAAGACACAUUUUUAAAAAUGAAACACUAAAAUAAGAUGAUCUUUUGUAGAAAGACUAUAGAUGAAUAUUUCAUUAUGUAAAAGUUUGUUUUUAAUUCUUAAAUUUUAAAAUGUUGGU